GGGUUGAUAACAAGAAUACGUAAUCAUGUCUGGACGAGGAAAAGGAGGCAAGGGGCUCGGAAAAGGUGGCGCAAAACGCCACCGUAAAGUUCUCAGAGACAACAUUCAAGGCAUCACGAAACCGGCUAUUCGCCGUCUUGCGCGUCGCGGCGGUGUGAAGCGUAUUUCUGGGCUGAUCUACGAAGAGACGAGAGGUGUUCUGAAAGUGUUCCUGGAAAACGUCAUUCGCGACGCUGUAACCUACACUGAGCACGCUAAGCGCAAGACUGUGACCGCUAUGGACGUAGUGUACGCUCUGAAGCGACAAGGCCGUACAUUGUAUGGUUUUGGCGGUUAAACUUCAUUAGACGUAGUUUGUAAAAAAGAAAAGAAAGAAAAAAAGGCUCUUUUGAGAGCCGCCCAAACGUCCGACCAAAAGAGCAAUUUUAUCUGUUUUACGUUUAUACAUGUUCAUUCUUUAUUUAGUUUGUUCACAUUGAAUUAAGUCGUGGUUGAUUUUUUUUAUGUUAUAAAAUGAAGCAAACUUUA